CGCCCCGCGAGAGGGCGCUGGCGGCGGCCCCGGGACCGCCGAGUUUGAAAAGUGCCGGUCCGGGCGGUCCGGGAGGAGCAAUGGCGGCAAUGGCGACCCCGCAGGGCAGCUGCCUCUUGCAGCUGGACAACGGUGGGAACUUGAUGGAUCCGAGCUUCCAGCAGAAACUGGAGGGGGAGAAGGAGCUGCUUCGCAGGGCGAUCCAGAAAGAGCUGAAGAUCAAAGAGGGAGCAGAAAACCUGCGCAAAGCCACGACGGACAGGAAGAACCUCGUGCACAUCGAGCACGUGCUGAAAUCCUCCAACAGGAAACUGGAGCAGCUGCACUGGGAACUGCAGGAGCUCAAUGCAAGGAUUGUAAUAACAGACAAAGAGGAGAGGAAGACAGAUGGAUCUGCAUCUCCAGAUCCGUGUCUCUGGGAAAGAAACCCAGACCCCAUGGCAAGGAAGGUUGAAGCUCUGAAAAAGCAGCUGCAUGUUGAAAUGAAAGUGAAACAAGGAGCUGAGAACAUGAUCCAAAUGUAUUCCACAUCCAAGGAGCGGAAGCUCCUGGCGACCGCUCAGCAGAUGCUUCAGGACAGCAAGACCAAGAUCGAGAUAAUCCGCAUGCACAUCGUGAAGGUGUCCCAGGCAGCGGGAGGGAUGGAAGAUGCCGUGGAUCCAGCAGUGAGGAUGGGGAGCACCAUCAGCGCUUUGGAGCUGCGGAUCGAGGAGCUGAGGCACCACCUGCGCAUCGAAGCUGCUGUGGCUGAGGGGGCAAAAAAUGUGCUGAAGAUCCUCGGGGGCAGUCGGGUCCAGGAUCGCAAGUUCCUGGCCGAGGCCCAGGGUCGCUUGCAAGAGUCCUCUCAGAAGAUUGACCUGCUGCGCCUGUCCUUGGAGCGGCAGCUCAGUGAGCUCUCUCCUGAUCACCCAAAGAAAGCCCUCAUCAAACAGGACCUGGUAAACACCUCGGCCCUGGGAGCCAGGCAUGGCAGCAUCCAACCCACCCCAGUCAUCAAACCCACAGCCCUCACAGGAACACUGGAAGUGAGACUGAUGGGGUGUCAGGAUCUGUUGGAAAACGUUCCAGGACGUUCCCGAAUGACGAGUUCUUCUCCCAUCUGUGGCAGCCCAAGCGAUUUGAGGUCCCUUUCCCGGGCACGAGUUGGGCUGGGCAUCCACGGCCGUGGUGUGGCAGGGAAGUACCUGCGGAGUGAAGAGCCAUGUAAUGAGGUCCUUGCUGUGCUCAAAGUGGACAACAAAGUGGUCGGCCAAACAAACUGGGGCCCAGUUAACAACCAGGCCUGGGACCAGAGCUUUGUCAUUGAGCUGGACAGGUCUCGUGAGCUGGAAAUUGCAGUGUACUGGAGGGACUGGAGAGAGCUCUGUGCCGUGAAGUUCUUACGUUUGGAUGAUUUCCUGGAUAACGAACGUCACGGGAUGUGCCUCUCGCUCGAGCCCCAGGGGAUGCUUUUUGCAGAGGUGAUGUUCUGCAACCCUGUCAUUGAGAGGAAGCCAAAACUGCAGCGACAGAAGCGCAUUUUCCCCAAGCAGAAAGGAAAGGAAUUUCUCCGAGCUCCUCAGAUGAACAUGAAUGUUGCUGCCUGGGGUCGCCUGAUGAUGAGUUUCCUCCCUCCCUGCAGUUCCAUCAGCACUCUGAGUCCCCCACUCCACGAUCCCACUCAGACAGACUUUCCUCCAGUUUCCCCACAAAGUCCUGCAGAUUCAGCGUCCAAACUGAGCGGUGACUUCCCUGUGGCUAAGCUCACCUUUGCUGAUGAAGCACCACCCAAGCCUCCACGCCUCUUCCUGAUGGCCAACUCCAAGGAAUCAGCACCAUCUCCUGCAGAUUCCCCGUGCCUGAAGAGGCUCCAUGUUGAGGAGAAGUCCUGCAGCUCUGCUGGAACAGGAUUUCCAAUGCCAGUGUCUCCAAGGAAAAGGACAGUUGAGCUGCAGGAUUUCCACUGCAUCGCUGUGCUGGGCCGUGGCCACUUUGGGAAGGUACUGCUGGCCCAGUACAAGGCAACUGGGAAGCUGUAUGCCAUCAAAGCCUUGAAGAAGAAAGACAUUAUCAGGAGAGAUGAGAUUGAUAGCUUGAACUGUGAGAAGAGAAUAUUUGAAGUGGUCAAUUCCUCUGAUCACCCGUUCCUUGUGAACAUGUUUGCAUGUUUCCAGACACCUCACCACGCCUGUUUUGUGAUGGAAUACACUCCAGGGGGGGAUCUGAUGAUGCGCAUCCACGAGGAUGUCUUCCCAGAGCAUAUGGCACAGUUUUAUACAGCCUGUGUAGUCUUGGGGCUGCAGUUCUUGCAUGAGAAGAAAAUUGUUUAUAGGGACCUGAAAUUGGAUAAUCUCCUUUUAGAUGCUGAAGGAUUUGUGAAGAUUGCAGAUUUUGGACUGUGUAAGGAAGGAAUAGGUUUUGGAGACAGGACGAACACCUUCUGUGGCACCCCCGAAUUCCUGGCUCCGGAAGUGCUGACGGACAUCUCGUACACACGGGCAGUGGACUGGUGGGGACUGGGUGUGCUCAUUUACGAGAUGCUUGUUGGGGAGUCACCAUUCCCUGGAGAUGACGAGGAGGAGGUCUUUGACAGCAUUGUCAAUGAUGAGGUCCGGUAUCCACGAUUCCUGUCAGCUGAGGCACUUGCUAUAAUCCGGAAGCUGCUUCGGAAAUGUCCAGAGCGCAGACUGGGAGCAGGGGAGAAGGAUGCAGAAGAGAUUAAAAUCCAGCCCUUUUUUAAGGGAAUUGAUUGGGAUGCCCUGCUUGCCAGGAGACUGAAGCCCCCCUUUGUGCCCACACUGAGAGAUCCAACAGACAUCAGCAACUUUGACGAGGAGUUCACCUCCCAAAAGCCCAUCCUCACUCCCCCCGAGGAGGUCGCUGUCCUCACCCGCAAGGAGCAGACUGUCUUCAAGGACUUUGACUUUGUGUCCAGACACCUUGUAGAUGUGUGAUUCCUGUGCCACACAAAAUGUGAACAGAUUGUUACCACCUGGAGAGGACUUGGCAUGGGCAGUGGAAAAGUCAACAGGAUCCACGGAACAGGUAGUGCUGAUGGCCCCAGGAGGAGGUGCCCCUGCUGGGGGUGUGCCAGCCUCAUUUGUUGGAGGGACACUGGAUGUCAGUUAUCCUUAAGGAAUAAUUCAUGUUUGACCCGAUGUAUCUUCUGCUGUCACUGAAUGUAGAUGGAAAUUUGGAAUUAAGGGUGGACUCAAAUCAUCUCUGCAGCCCAGGCUGCUCUUUGAAAAAAGCCUAAGUGAGUAGUGUGGCUUUUUAAUGUUGUAGAGUAGCAGGGGGAAUGGCCACUUCUCACUUAUUUUCUAGAGAAGAGAUGCAGCAUUUCCUCCUGGUAAUGAUUUUAUGCCAUUUCCCACUCAUAAAUAUGUGUAUGCCAGGCAAGGAGUGGAUUUGAACAUAACCAAGACAAUGAUGUUUGAUAAUGAUCCAAGUGAUUUAUCUUAAGGAAAAUGAGUCUCUUUCUACUUCAUUAAAGAUGCCAAAUCUUAGCCAUUGUUUUUAAUCAUAUAAAACCCCACAGCUUUGCACGUUUUUCCUUUUUUUGAAAAUAAAGAUAUCUUUCCUUAUA